AUGUCCGUCACGCCGCUCGAAAUCGCUGCCAGUGCUGUCCAAGCAAGGCAGCACAUCCGCCAGCACAUCUACCAGACGCCUCUCAUCCCAGCAAAGAAAACAGGCAUCAAGCAUGGCGCCAGAGUCUUCUUCAAGGCUGAGAAUUUCCAGCUCACCGUGUCGUUUAAACUACGAGGGGCCAUGUCCAAGAUGUCGAAUCACACCGGCAACAAGCCCUUGAUCACGGCAUCAUCGGGCAACCACGGUAUCGGCUCCGCACAGGCUGCGAGUGUCCUGCACAAGUCUCUCACCGUCGUCCUUCCAGAACAGCCGUCCCUUCCAAACGAAAGAAGAUUGAGUCGUUUGGCGUCGAGGUCAUCAUCCACGGCACAGAAGCGGGACAGGCGGAGCAGCAUGCACAGAAGCUCGCCGCGUCCGGCCAGUCCACCAGGCCAGGCCACAAUUGGUCUCGAGAUUCUGGAGCAGUGCGACCACGUAGACAAUGCCUUCGUCUCCAUGGGGGGGCGAUGGGCUCAUCAGUGGUAUCGGACGUAUCAUCUGCCGACGCUGGCCGAAGGUGUUGCUGGCGGGAUAGACGAGGACAGCACCACCUUUCCGUUGGCGUCGGCAGUGGUGGAUCAGGUCAUCGAAUGUAAUCAGGUGGAAAUUGCUGCGGCCUUGAGGAGCAUUGCGCAUGAUGAGACUAUGAUAGUUGAAGGGUCUGACGGUUUGGCUCUGGCGGGCUUCGACAAGGUUGCGCAUCAACUUGGGGCCGAGACGAGCAUCGUCCUUUUGUGCGGUGCAAAUAUCGACGGCAACACUAUCAAGGAGGUUCUGUACGGCAGUUGA